AUGGAAAUUUGGUGUAAUCGAAAAGAGUUGGAGUUGAAGCGUCAGCCAAAUGGAAAAUUGUUAAAACCCAAGGCGAAUUAUAGUCUAACUUCCCAAGAAGUUAAAGUGGUUUAUCGAUGGUUAAAAGAAUUGAGAAUGUCUGAUGGUUAUGCUUCAAAUUUGGCAAGGUGUGCCGACGUUAACACUGGGAAGUUGCAUGGUAUGAAAAGUCAUGAUUGUCAUGUUUUUAUGGAACGAUUGCUUCCAAUUGCGUUCGGUUCACUACCCAAUCACCUGCUUAAUCCACUAAUUGAAAUUAGUCAAUUUUUUAGAGAUAUUUGUGCGUCAGCUUUAAGAGUGGAUGACAUCGUUAAGUUGGACCUAAAUAUUCCAGUCAUUCUCUGUAAGUUGGAACAAGUAUUUUCGCCUGGUUUUUUUUACUCUAUGGAACAUCUACCUGUGCAUCUUGCAUAUGAAGCUUUUCUUGGUGACCCGGUUCAAUAUAGGUGGAUGUAUCCUUUUGAAAGGUUCAUGGGUGAUUCAAAGAGAUCGGUGAAAAAUAAAGCUAAAGUUGAAGGAUUAAUAUGUGCACAUUACUUGCAUCGAGAAACAUCUCAUUUUUGCGGUCACUAUUUCAAUCACUUGAUGUUAACACCAAGAAUCAUAAGGAAUCCUAUAAAUGUUAACAAAAUAAGUCAAUUUACCUUAUCAGUCUUCGGGCUUCCUAGUCGUCCUUCUGGAAAGAAUGGUGUGCAUCGGCUGACUCAAAAAGAAAUGCAAUCAGCACAUGUUCAUGUCUUAAUUAACUGCAUUGAAGUUAAACCAUAUCUUGAGUAA